CCAAGUUCAUCCAGAGAGGCUGUUUGCCAGCCAGAGGGCAUCGUUCUCCACUUUAGUGUUUAACGGUUCAUCUGUUUGACUUUGGAUUGUCUAUUUUGGGGUUUCCUUUUUUGCUGUGUGUGCGUGCGCGCGUCUGGAUCCGAGAAGGAGAAGCCUCCAUGUUUCAGCUACCCAUACUGAAUUUCAGCCCCCAGCAGGUAGCUGGGGUGUGUGAGACAUUAGAGGAGAGCGGCGAUAUCGAGCGCCUUGGUCGCUUUCUCUGGUCCCUCCCGGUCGCCCCAGCCGCCUGCGAGGUGCUUAACAAGAACGAGUCGGUUUUACGAGCCCGAGCUAUCGUGGCCUUUCACACUGGCAACUUCAGGGAGCUCUACCACAUCCUGGAGAAUCACAAGUUCACCAAGGACUCCCACGCCAAGCUACAGGCCCUCUGGCUGGAAGCACAUUAUCAAGAAGCCGAGAAGCUCCGUGGUCGCCCUUUAGGACCGGUGGACAAGUACAGAGUCAGGAAGAAGUUUCCUCUGCCCCGAACCAUUUGGGAUGGGGAGCAAAAAACACAUUGCUUCAAAGAGAGAACCAGACACUUGCUUAGGGAAUGGUACCUUCAAGACCCCUACCCCAACCCCAGCAAAAAAAGAGAGCUGGCACAGGCCACCGGACUUACACCGACACAGGUGGGGAACUGGUUCAAAAACCGCAGACAAAGGGACAGAGCGGCGGCCGCUAAGAACAGGCUGCAGCAGCAGGUCCUGUCCCAGGGCUCGGUACGCUCUCUGACGGAGGACGAGGCCGCAGUGGACCGACUCGGGGCCGCCUCCAGUCCCGAAGCCAGCCUGUCCAGCAAGGCAGCAGCCUCCGCCAUCUCCAUCACAUCUAGCGACAGUGAAUGUGACAUCUGACAAUCCGUCAUUGGUGAUCUCCGAAAAAUAAGGGAUAAAAGCAAGGAGAGAGAGAGAAAAAAAUUAAACCCAUAAACAGUGCCUGUUCAAAACCCUAGCAAACUGCUCCAGAAUGAGCCUCAAGGAUGGCUGCCAAAAUGCUAGGAUAUCAUCAGAAUACCCUGUCUUAAAAUGUUCUGCUAUUUUUGUUUUAUUAUUAUUAUUAUUAUUAUUAUUACUAUUAUUAUUAUUAUUACUCUUAUUAUUAUUUUUACAGUACCAGACUGUAAUCUUAAAAUGAGAAUUAAGGACCGACUUUUAAAGCCUUUAUAAUAAAAAAAGGAUUUUUUUGGAAACGACGCCUCAAAACAAUAUGCAAAGCUGCAGCAUUUUGAGGGGUGUGCCCUGUUAACUCUUGUGGGUAUUUCAUGUUGAAAAGAAGACGCUGUUAUAUUUUUACUUUACUUUUAAAGUUUUAUAAAUAAUGUUUAUUUACUUAUUUAAAAUGCUAUGUUAGUUUUUUUUUUUAAUUUUGUUUUAUUUUGCUUGUUUUGUGCACAGGUGAAUAUUGUAGAGCACGUGCGCUAUAGUUAGUGGAUCAUGCUGUUUCAGGAACGACAAAUGAAUAA